AUGCGCUUCAUCCGACUGCUGCGCCUGCACAAGGCGGCAACGAUUGCGGACGUGAUUCAGAUGCGGAUGAGGUCGGAGUAUCUCAACCUGCUGGUGAAGAUGCUCCGGCAGUCGAUGCUCAUCAUCAUCGUGAAUCACUACAUUGCCUGUGCCUGGUUCUCUGUCAGCGAUCUCAUCGACCAGAACGACACCUGGGUGUACGUUUUCGGGGUCAAGGAUGCCGGGCUCACCGAGCAGUACUUGACCAGCUUCCAUUGGUCCUUGACGCAGUUUGCGCCUGCCACCAACAACAUCGCCCCGCAGAAUUGGAUCGAGCGGGCCUUUGCAAGCUGCAUCGUCAUUUAUGCCUUUGUGGCGUUCUCCUCCUUCGUCAGCGCGGUCACGAAUGCCGCGAACGAGCUGCGUGCCUUUACGAUGAGAAGUUCGCAGCAGGAGGCACAGAUCCGCCGGUUCCUGGGUGAUCAGAAAGUAUCUUCCGACCUUUGGUGCCGCAUCCGCAAAUUCUGCCAAGAGGCAAACUCCAGGUCGCGCAUGGUCACCGAACAGGACAUCGCAGUUUUCAACGAGAUCCCCGAAAGUCUCCGCAUUGUUAUGCACGAAGAGUUGUACCGGGACUUCUUCAGGGCAGCCCACAUCUUCAGCGGCUUCCACGAAGAGAACCCCCAGCUGGUAAAGCGAGUCUGCCACUUCUGCUUCCGAGAAAGUGCGGUGCAUGCCAAGCUGGAUGUCUUCGUAGAUGGCACAGAAGCAGAUCAUGUCUUUGUGUCCCGCAGCGGAUCUGCAACUUACUGGAGUGUCCUGCUGGAUAACAAUCACAAGUCUUUGUCGGGAGAGGGCCACUGGCUGUGCGAGCUUGCUCUCUGGGCCAGAUGGAGUCAUCGUGGCCAGCUGGUGGCAGACACCACAGUUCGAUUUCUGAUACUGAACCCACAGAGUUUUGCGACGGUGGCUGCGAGCGAAGGAGGAAGUUUCUUUGGCUACCUUCGCACGCUCGGCUUGCUUCUCAUCGGCUACGCUGAGGUUGUGGAGGAGAACUCUCAGCGCAUCACGGAUCUCACGCUGGGCGAUAUCCUGAUCAGAGCGUUUGCCAAAAGGGCCAUUGGCUUCGCUGACUUGAGCAACGAAGAUGCUCCAAAGUCUUUGAGGAUCUCGAGCCUUUCCGCCCUCUCUGGGCAAGUGAGGAGCAAUGGCUCCCGCAACGCUGUGCGUAAAGUGUAA